AUGCAGAAUCCAAACAUUCAAGUUGAUAAAAAGAGGUUGAUGGAGAAGAUGUUCAAUCUGGACGUUGAGCUAAUUAUACUCGAAAAAGAUUUGCAAGACAAUCGUAAUCGAUUUAGAGAGUUUAAGUGGCAGCGGGAGAGAAACACCCAUAUGGCCAAACUGCAAAAGAAAUAUAAACAGCUUCAAGAGCAUAGCAGUCAGAUGGAAGCGGAUUUUGAGCUGGAAAAGCUCCAACUUCAACAGAAAUUUGAAAGACUCUUUCAGCAAAAAGAGACGGAAUUAUUAAGGGUUCAAAACGAGUUGCAGCAACAGAUUGCCGCCUGUGCUCAUCAUAUUCCUUCCCAUUCGGAGGAGCAAGCACAGCAUAUCAUUUCUAAAUUGGAGGCCCAGCUGUGGGAGAAAGAGAAGCAAAUGGUCGAUCUGCAAAUAAAGCAUACACAGCUUCAGGAGUAUAGCAGUCAGAUUGCAUCGGAUUUUGAGCAGGAAAAGCGGCAGCUUCAGCAGAAAUUUGAAGGAUACGUUCAGCAAAAUGAGGCGGAACUAUUAAAGGUUCAAAACGAGUUGCAGCAACAGAUUGCUGCCCGUGCUUCACAGCUAUCACACCAAAUCAUUUCUCAAUUGGAGGCCCAGCUGCGGGAGAAAGAGAAGCAAAUGCUUGAUCUGCAAAUGGAGCACACACAGCUUCAAGAGCAUAGCAGUCAGAUGGGAGCGGAUUUUGAGCAGAAAAAGCGGCAGCUUCAGCAGAAAUUUGAGGGUAUUGUACAGUUGAAAGAGAAGGAAAUAUCACACUUAAAAGCAGAGUUGCAGCAACAUACUUUUACAAAUGCUCAGCGGAUCGAGGAGGACAUACGCCGGGAGACUGAACUGCAGUCAACUCUAAUAAAGCUGGGGGAAAGUGAGAAGCGUUGUGAGGAGCUACAACAUCGCAAUAAUCAAUUGUCGAAUGAAGCAGUAAUCACAGUGCAACGAUUUGAAAGUGAACUGAAGGAGAAACAGUCAAAAAUAGAUGAGCUGAAUAUCCACAUUAAAUCAAUUGAAACUGCUAAGAAUAAUUUCCAAAUCCAGUCAGCUGAAAAGGCCGAGUUGGCACAACAGUUCGCAGCAAUCAAGGAACUGCAGAAGAAGGAUCUCGCUCGACUUCAGGACAUGCAAGGCGUCUUUACAGCCUCUUGCGCAUCCAUGCACGCCAUUACGAAGCAGCUUCAGUCCACGAUGACUCAUACUGACAAAGUAUUCAUGCAGCUUGUCGGCAGUGACUCGGUCCCAAGCAGAGAGCAGGGUGAAUAUCUGGAAAAAUCUGGAUUUGAGCUUGUGUACCGACCUUAUUCCGAAACACCGAGUGACUGUAGCUCUAAAAUUGUGGCAGACAUGACACCAAGAUCAGCAGCACUUGCUCCUGCGGUUUUCAGACGCCGCAAACUGACCAAGCGGCGUAGUCGCCAAAUGUCCAAUUGUCAGCUUAGCACGGAUAGCGACGAUAACAUCUUAUGGACAAAUGACAACAACUUCGAUGGCAAUUGGUAGUACACUUAAUACACUACAAAAUUGUAACGCUUUUUCAUUUUUAUUUUUUUAAAAGUUAA